AUGAAUAUACCUUCCUCUCAAUCAAGGGGAAAUGAUUCCGAAUUUUACUUCAAGGCACUAAUAAAAGGUAUAUCUUAUGAAAUAAACAGUCAAGGGGAAACGAUUAAGCGACUGGCUGGUCGCACACGGCUUCAGAUAUGCAAUUUACCGCCGUUAGAACUGCCCACUGCAGUUGAUAAUUUCGUUUAUGUUCGAAUUAUUAAUAUUGAAGGUAUGAAGAAAUUCUUUGGCACACUAGAAAGGAACCGUUCGUUAUUGGAUGAUUUGCAGAAAAUGCUCAACGAUGUGAAGUCAGCCAACUGUAAAUCCCUUUUUGAUCCAGCACUUGGAGAGAUUGUUCUCGUGAAGAUUGGCGAAAGAUUUGUUCGUGGAUGCGUUGUGUGCAAAAUGCAUUUCAUGACAUGUACAACUUAUUUGGUUGAUUCUGGUCUCACUAUGGAGGUAGAAUUAGACCAGCUGUACGUGAUUGAUGAGGAAUUGUUGAAAAUACCUCCACAGGCUUUUUUGAUGUUACUGGAUGUUGAUAUUGAAGAACCAUUAAUAUCAAACGACGAGCUUAAUGCAAUGGUCAAAGAUACUCUUGUAGCUUUCCGCUUGAAACAUGUCUCAGAAAACGGCGAAGCAUUCGUUGGUGCAAUGAUAAUGCGAGACGAAAAUGGCGAGAUUUGUGACAUAGGGAACAUAAUGCUAGAAGGUGUUCAUGCAACUAAUAUUCCUCGUGAAAAUAAAAGCACUAUUUAUACAGGACAAACACAAUACGUUGCGGUUUAUUCCAAUCCAGACUGUAGUACACUAUUAUCCGAUGAAGAUGUUCUUUCGGGGCAUUCAUCUGUUGAUUUUGAAGAUGAACGAUCAGUUAUCUCAUUGUAUUCGAGCGACAGUGAGAAAAUUGAAGAGGAGAAUGACGAGUGCACUGGGAAGCAACUGGUUUCGGUUGGAAGUUACUGGCGAGCAAUACAUAUUCCAACUAAGAACUCAGGGCCGGGUUUGUUUUAUUUGCACUUUUUGGACAGUCCAGCUAGUUUUGAAGAUGUGCGAAUCUACCCUACAUCUUUCUUUGGGAAGUACAGUAAUAUUUGGCAUAGAUUGCUGAAGAUACCUGACCUCCAACAUGAUAUCAAAGAUGAUGGGGAAUUCAUGCAGGUAGGCGAUGUAGUGCGAUCGCAUACUGCACUUUUUUAUGGUGGCGAACAAGUGGAUGAGAAAUUGAGGAACCGAUUAAAAGCAGCAUUUGCAUGUCGACUUUCAUAUUCCGCCCCGAAGCCAUUCAAUGAUAACAGCUAUUCUAGCGAGGCAAAGUCGUAUUUUACUGGAAAGUUUAUGACGAAUCAGAUCUUUGAUGUAUAUGUAGUUAGAGUGUCACGGAGAUACAUUCUUGAAGUUGAAAUUCUUUUGUCAGGAGAGAGUCUUUUCGAUAAAUUGUGUGAACUUGAUUUUGCGCAACGUCGCUGGGGUUGGAAGGUACCGUCGUAUAAUUUUAAGUCAAUAAAUGAAGAACAGCUUGUCCAGCGUACUGAUGAUGAGGAUGAUGUACAUUUGACUUUCACUGUACAAGUUGGAAGUAAACGAGAUGAUUUAAUUCAGUUUCAAAAGCAUUUAAAACCCAGCAAACAUGUUCUGCGCAAUCCUGAAAUUGGUGACAUCUGUAUUGCCGAGUGUGAAGGUCAGCUGUUUCGAUGUGAAAUAGUUGAUAUGACUGAUGGAAAGAAAUCUUUCAUCAUAAGUUAUGUUGAUUAUGGUGAAGAGCAAGAACUAAAUGGAGAUUCUCUAUAUGCUGUUGAUAAUCAAGAAGAAAUAGUUUUCGAAACUCCGGUAUUCGGAAUCAAAUGUCGAUUGGAAGAAAUACGUCCUGCAGGCAAUGGUUUAGAUAUACGAACAGGUGCUUGGUCACGUAAAGCGCUCAAAUUAAUCAACAAUGUUAUUCCAUUGAAUAAGAAAUUCAGAGCAUUUAUUGGUCCACCUGAUUCAGAUGGUAUCCAUCCAAUUCGGGUUGUUGACGAAACACUGUUACAUAAGGAUUUGGCUGCCACUUUGGUAUUAAAUGAUUUGGCUGUGUACACACACUGUAAUUAUUACUCAUCAGCGAUAGAUUUAUCACCUGUGAAAAAUCUUGAGGUGCAAUAUCUUAACAUUGAGGACGGUGUUGUAUAUGGAAUCCCGAGUACUUUUAAAAUUUGGCUUAAAGAUUGCCAAAAUUAUUUGGAAAAGGUGUGGGUCUAUGAUGUGAAGACAUAUAAGAAAGAUACAAAGGGUAUUAUUCUAUACAAAAACAGUUAUCGCCGUGUCAUCAAGUUGCUUGAGGAAAGCAAGGAUUUAAGAGAAGCAAAAGAAAGGUAUUUCCUUAUCGAUGAGGGAAGAACUAUCGAAUUUUGCGGGAAUUCUGAAAUGCCUAUCAUGAUAAGUUUCUCUGCUCUAAAAGAUCCGCAUGCUGCAUUUUUUUUGCGUACAUGCCCUGCACUUGCUAUUGGUUUCGUUUUAAAAGACAGGAAGUUAACAGUGAAGCAUGAAGAAUUGUUGAAAAAUCUCUGUUGUAGGAAAGAAAAUGUGCUCCAUGUAUGCAUUGUCGAUAAAAAAAGAAAUGGUCUUUACUCUGUUGAUGACAUAACAUUCACUGAUGGUACAUCUUUAGCGAAGUUGGAUCAAAACACUGAAGCAUUUGCAGUUGAUGAAUUGUCGCCGACUGAUAAAUUGCUGAUAACUGAUAACGACAAUUCAUCGAGGGAUGACGAUCUGUGGAAAAAUGAUAGUAAUGUCUACUGUGAAGAUUUUUUAGCAAUGUUAAUCUCUUCAAAGAACAUGAAAUUGCUGGAAAAGAAAUAG